UGAACGCCAGAAAGAAGACAUGGCGCCGAAGUGGGCCAGCAGAAACGCUCAGAUUACGAGGACCAUGGGGUGGGUUCCCUGCAAGAUGGAUACACGCCCGAAGAACUUCUUUUCGUAUCCAUGUCCUAUUUUUGCGAAGAAGAUGACGAUGGCCUUGAGAUCGAAUAACGAUGCGAACCCUUUUGACACCCGCUGUAGCAUAUGGUGCACCAAGAACAUUAAAGAGCAGCGCAUGUUGGUAGUCCAAGAACCCGCAGCCGCUGGUAGCAGUAACAGCGUCAAGCCCAAGAACGACUGGCGUCAGACAUGCACAGAAACCCGCCGACUGCGCAUUACUGCUUGUCAAUCACGAUAUAAUGGAUCAUGGUAUUUUCAAGGUCACAACAUUACCCAACUGUUUGAAAGAUACCGUAAUGUUGCACCAAUGCCUAAUAAGCCAUCAUUCAAUACUACCACUGGAGGAUUACUGCAACGAGAUUGCAGCACUUGCCCGCAUGCUCGUUUUGGACCAGGAGCAGCAAAGCACGAUGGCACAUUGCAUUGCGCUUUGGCGCCGUGGAUUUACGACAUUGGCUUGUCGGACCCUGUGUAUCUGGAGGUGUCAACAACUGAUCACUGCGCUGAGCAUGAACAAGAUCACAGCCGACGGCGUAAUUAUCAAGGUCGUGAAUAUUAG